CGUGUGAGUGACUGGCUGCUGGGACACUGAGUGUGAGUGACUGGCUGCUGGGACACUGAGUGUGAGUGACUGGCUGCUGGGACACUGAGUGCGAGUGACUGGCUGCUGGGACACUGAGUGCGAGUAACUGGCUGCUGGGACACUGAGUGCGAGUGACUGGCUGCUGGGACACUGAGUGUGAGUGACUGGCUGCUGGGACACUGAGUGUGAGUUACUGGCUGCUGGGACACUGAGUGUGAGUGACUGGCUGCUGGGACACUGAGUGUGAGUGACUGGCUGCUGGGACACUGAGUGUGAGUGACUGGCUGCUGGGACACUGAGUGUGAGUGACUGGCUGCUGGGACACUGAGUGUGAGUGACUGGCUGCUGGGACACUGAGUGUGAGUGACUGGCUGCUGGGACACUGCGUGUGAGUGACUGGCUGCUGGGACACUGAGUGUGAGUGACUGGCUGCUGGGACACUGAGUGAGAGUAACUGGCUGAUAGAUUACUGCAGGGAGAAUGUGAGUGACUCGGGGGCCACUGAGUGACUGCAGGGACAUGGGUUGUUAAAGGCACUGAAUGUGAGUGACUGACUGUUGGAACUGUGAGUGCGAGUGAAAGAAGGGGCAGUGAGGACUACAGAGACACUGAGUGUAAGUGACAGCAGGACCUGGAUCAAGAUAGUUUGUAUCUGCUGUAGAAGAUACUGUGACAGAUGGAAUUGUACCUGGAUCAGGAAUUCUAAGUGUCACCUGGAUCUGAGCCUGAGUGAAGACUCAUGAAGAAUGAAAUAGUUUAAAAGAUUUUGCGUCCACAUGAAACUGCCGCUUCGACGUCUUUGGCCGGCUUUUAAUGGAAUCCAACUACCUGCUUUGAUCUGAGCUCCUGUCUCGAUCAGGAAUUAAAUGAGGCCAGGAGAUUGGAUACCCACAAAAGCAUGUUUUCAUUAUAUGUUCAGAUCCUCUUCUGCUUAGUACCGUUGCUAAUCCGUUCUGAUGCUAUAGAAAUUCCACUUUCAGUGGAGCAGUUGCCGGUGAUUGUCGAUGUCAGCGAGGAGUCCCAGGUGGCAUUUCCAGUAUAUGAAGAAUUUAGCAUCAAAUGCAACGCUAAAGGAAACCCAGCUCCAGUAUACAAGUGGACGAAGGAUGGGAAGCAGUUUAAUCCGAACACUGACCCCAACAUAAAGACCAGCGACCAAUCAGGGUCUUUCACCAUCCUUCCAAAUGAUAAUAUAUCCCACUACGAUGGCGUGUAUCGCUGCUACGCUUCCAAUCCACUGGGAACCGCCAUGUCUGAAGAUACCAAAUUCAUUGUUCCAGGGGUUCCUAAAUUUCCAAAUGAAGCUAUUCCACCUGUUGUCGUAGAAGAGGGUAAACCUGUGGUUUUACGGUGUGACCCUCCCCAGGGCUUAUCUCCGGUUCAUAUAUACUGGAUGACACUUGAUCUUGUUCACAUUCCCCAGGAUGAACGAGUGUCGGUAGGACUAGAUGGGAACUUGUACUUUGCCAAUGUGAUAACGACAGAUGAUAGGUCUGAUUAUUGCUGCUUUGCAUCAUUUUCUGUCAUCCGAACCAUCGUUCAGAAACUUCCUAUGACCCUCACUGUCCAGAGCAGUGAUUCAAUCAAAGAAAGACCACCAAGGUUAUUCACUCCACAUGGAAUUAGAGGGUCCAUCACUGUUCUGAGAGGGGAAGUCCUGUUAUUGGAGUGCAUUGCAGAUGGACUGCCGACACCUAGGAUCUCCUGGCAAAAGAAUGAUUCAGAGUUGCCACCAGGAAGGACAACAAUUGAGAAUUUUGGAAAACACCUGAAAAUUAAAAACAUCAUGGAGAACGAUCAUGGAAUCUAUCGAUGUACAGCAACCAACAACUUGGACUUUACGCACCAUGAUUUCCACGUUCAGGUGGAAGAGCCACCACGUUGGAAGCGAAGGCCGGAGAGUAGCAUUCACAGUGUGGGGUCCGGUGUUGCUAUACACUGUUCAGCUGCGGGAAAACCUGAGCCUGAUAUCCGAUGGAAAAGAAAUGGACAACUUUUUGUAGAAGAGGUGUUUUUGCCCAACUAUCAAGUUCGUGGCGAGGAGAUUAUCAUCAACAAUUUACAGCUGUCUGACAGCGCUGUGUACCAGUGCGAAGCAACAAACAAGCACGGAACAAUACUUGCAAGUGCCAACAUCGACGUUCUUGAUAUUGCACCGCUGAUCCUGACACCUGACAAUGCAAACUAUACAGCUCUGAUUGGCCAGGCUGUAUCCUUGCUUUGCAAUGUUUUUGCUGUUCCUCCUGCGGACGUUUCAUGGUAUCGGGUGGGACCUCAUUUGACUGCCCAGGGUCCGUACGAGAAUGGCACACUGCAUAUUGAGAAUACGGAGAUACAGGAUGCUGGAACGUACAUGUGUUAUGCAUCAAACGCAAGAGGAAAUGUGACGAUGAAUGCACACGUGAUCCUUAUAGAACCUACAAGAGUGUCUCUGCUGCCGGAGAACCCCUGGGUAAAGCGCUCACACAGCAUUACAUUAACCUGCUAUACCCAAUGUGACGUGCGACUCCUUCAUAGUUUGAGAAUCUCUUGGUGGAAGAAUGGAUUGGAGAUGACGGAGAGCACUAACAGACUGUACCUGCAAUCUGACAGCUUAUCAAUUCCUAAUGUGACCUGGGAGGAUGCGGGGUCGUAUCGCUGUAUUGGGCGCACCUCUAUGGACAGUAUGGAAGCGGAAACCAGACUGAUUGUGCGAGAUGUUCCGAGUAACCCUGAUAAUCUUCACCUCUCCAAAAAACACAAAAAGAGUGUGACAUUGUCUUGGACCCCAAGUGACUCCCACAACAGUCCAAUAUCAGAGUAUCUCAUACAAUCAAAGAGAAGUCGUCACGAGCAUGGACAAUGGGAGGAUAUAGCCAAUGUUGCGAGAAAUGUGACGUUGUGUGUUUUACAUUUAAAACCGUAUUAUAACUACCAGUUUCGUGUGAUUGCAAGAAAUGAAAUGGGAUUAGGUCCUCCUAGUGCCUCCACUAAUGUUUACAGCACUCCUCCAGCAGUUCCUGAUGUGAGCCCACGUAUUGUCUAUGCUGAAGCUGACAAGCCCAAUGAAAUGAUGAUAAAAUGGGAGCCUCUAAGUGCGGAAGAGCACAAUGGUCCGGAGCUGCGUUACAGGGUCAGCUGGCGUCUCCAAGGGGUGGAGCCAAACUGGCAUCAGGAAAACGUCAAACACCACCAGUUUCUUUUAAAGAACACACCGGCAUUCACUGCGUAUGAUGUCAGCGUACAAUCUAUUAAUGAGCUGGGCUCUGGACCAGAACCACAAGUGUACACCGUUUACUCAGGAGAGGACACUCCUGAUACCGCUCCAUCAGAUGUGGCCGUGGACGUUCUGAACAGUACGGUAGUGAAAGUCACGUGGAGAGGAGUAACUCCGGACAGGGUGCGAGGCCAUCUGUCGGGUUACAAGAUAACCUAUUGGAGAGUAAGAAAUAUGGUGGAUGGUACCAAACAUCAUGAUGAACAUCAUGUGCUGAUAUUUGCUGGCCCAAGAGAAUGGGGUAUAAUCCCAGGGCUCAGUCCCUUUAGUGAAUACAAAGUAUCCGUGUCUGCAUUUAACACUCGUGGAGAUGGACCUGCAAGUUAUCCUCUUAAAUUUGAAACUUUGGAAGGUGUUCCCGAACAGCCGCGCUAUCUUCGUGUCAUUACCUCAGACAAGAAUUCAUUCACCCUAUCAUGGGGACGCCCCAAGAACACCAAUGGGAUUCUGAAAAAGUACAUUCUUCAAUACCAGAUAAUUAAUGACACCGACGAAAUCGGAACGUUAACAAAUAUCAACAUAACAAACCCAUCAACCACUACUUGGCGAGUCCCACGAAUGGAGGUUGGGACCAUGUACAAAUUCUAUCUACGGGCAUGUACAAAGGUUGGCUGUGGCAGAGCCGUGAGCGAGGAAGGAAGAACAAUGACGCAAGCAACCUAUACUGAUGUCACUCAUGGUCUGGCAACCCAAGGCUGGUUCAUUGGAAUAAUGUGUGCUGUUGCUCUCCUUACCCUGGUUCUCCUGACUGCUUGCUUCGUGCAGAGAAACAAAGGUGGAAAAUAUCCCGUCUUAGAAAAGGAAGAUCCGAUCCCAGAUGUCGAGCCUCCGGCCAAGCCAGUUGAGGACUUCGUCGAAUACAGUGUAAAUAAGCCAUUAAAUGAAAGCCAGAAAUCCUUGAGUUUGGACAUUAAAUCGUAUGACAGCGUAGACAGCCUCGUCCAAUAUAGCGAUGAAGAACAUCAACAGUUUAAUGAGGACGGCUCCUUUAUUGGGGCGUACAUCGAAUCCAAGGAUAAAAGUCCGGUGGACAUAAAUGAAAUGCCUUCUGUAAGAAGAUCUUACAUUUAAAGCAUCGCUGGAACUUAGCAUUAUCAUAUCAAAACUCACGUCCAACCGGUAUUGUCUGAUAUUCUGAAAAUGAGAAUGAUUUUGUCAAUCUUCCUUAAUACUUACCAUCUCUCAACCAUUAUAAAUGCAUUGCAGUUACCAAUUUCAAACCGUU